GUAGACAUACGUUAGUCACCUCCUUCCCCCCCUCCCGAGUUUUUUUUUUUCUUUUUUCUUUUUUUCCUGAGCAAAAUACAAUAAAAACCCUAAUUAGCCAUUCGCUUUUCUCUCUCUUCGACGAAAUUUCUCAAAAUCCAAAACCCUAGCUUUCCUUUUCUCUCUCUUCAUUUUGUGAUGGCGACGGCGCGGGAAGAGAGCAGCCGCUAUGAUGGUGGGUUAGGGGCGGGAGGGAAGUUCAAGAAGCGGCCUUUUCGAAGGACUACGCAGUCGACUCCGUACGAUCGGCCGCCGAUCGCAAUAAGAAAUCCUGCCACUGGCAACGGCAAUGGCUGGUUAUCAAAAUUGGUGGAUCCGGCGCAGAGGUUAAUUGCUUACAGUGCUAAUAGGCUCUUUGCUUCUGUGUUUCGGAAACGCCUCCCUGUUCCGCCUCCUCCACCUCAGCCGCCGGAACCAGAGACAAGCCAGGAAACAAGGGAGAAUUAUCAAGAAGCAGCUUCAACUGACUCCCUGGCCAGGCAAGAUGGAGCUCUUGAUAGAUGUGAUAAUCCACCUAAUCACACUGGAGGUGAAUUUACUAAACUUGAGCAUAUACUAAAGCAGAAGACUUUCACCAGAGCUGAGAUUGAUCGAUUGACCACACUUUUACAUUCAAGGACUGUUGAUAAUGCUAGUGGGACUGAAAAGAAGAGGUCUGAAGUAAAACUAGUAGAAAAUGGAACUGAGAAACAUCCUGUCUCAACUCCUGUUUCUCUUUCAAAUGUGACAAAGGCCCUUGAUGCAGAUGUUGCAUCACCUGCAGAGCUUGCAAAAGCUUACAUGGAUACUAGACCUUCCAAAGUUUCUACAUCAACACCCAGUUUGCGCAGUCAAGUACAUAAGGAUGAUCUAUCUGUUCUGAACAGUAGACUACUCCCUUCCAAAUCACCAGUUAUGUCACUCAUGAGGGGAUCUUCUGGUUUUGUUGGAGGUCUUGGAAAUGGCUGUGUCACACCAAGAUCUCGAGGUAGAUCAGCAAUAUAUAAUAUGGCACGAACACCUUAUUCAAGAGCCAACUCAACCGCUACCCUUAAGAUUGCUGGGCCCCCAACUGAUGCUUUUGCUGGACCAUCAUCAUCAUCUCAGAAUGUUUGGGAGCAAGGCAGACUAUCUGUAUCUAGACAAGUUGCUUUAAAGCGCAGGUUAGACAAUGAUAUUGGAUCUGUUGGUCCUAUUCGUAGGAUACGCCAGAAAUCUAAUCUUCUUUCUCCAAGAAGUUCGGGUUUACCAGUUUCUGGCAGUCCUCUUUCUAUCCAUGAAGGUGGAUCUGGUUCAGAUGCUCAAAAAUCUUUAUCUUUGAUAAAGAUUGAGGAUACCUUUACAAAAACAUCAACUGAGAAUGGGAUUAACAGCACCCCAGGUGCAAGUUUUACACCUGUACCAUCGAAGUCCAGUCAGAUGGCUUCAAAAAUAUUGCAGCAACUUAAUGAGUUGGUCUCUACUACAAGGGAAAAGUCACCUACAAAAUUGUCACCAUCCAUGCUCAGUGGGCCAGCCCUUAAAAGCCUGGAGAAUGUGGAUUCAUCAAAAUUCCUGGAGAACUCGCAGGAUAAGAAUAAGUUGGAGUGUUUACAUGGUGACACACUGCCUGACAUCCGAGAUUCCUCUUCUCAGAAGCAGGAUAAAGUUGAAGGAAUUGGCAAAACAAAAGUGGUUGCUCUUCCAGAUAAGUCAGUUCCUUUGGUGAAUGGUAUUGGUGCUUUUAAUUUGUUCAAGGAUAAUGUGCCUAGUGCUAGUGCUUCUGAUGUCCUUGUGAUGAAGUCUAUGCUGCACCUCCCUCAACAAAUGAAACGGGCUUUCCAGAUGAGUGCACAUGAGGAUUCUUUGGAUCUCGAUGAUGAUGAUGAUGACUAUCUUCCUAAUGGAGCUGCAUCUACUUCAAUUGGGGUAGAGAGAGAGUUGGGUGUUUCGCUUAUUGGGAGUAAGAACAUUGCACCUGAAGCCAUAAAGGUGGAGAAGUCUCCUACUCUUUCAGAAAUUAAGCCACUUACAAGUUCUUCAUUGAAUCAAAACCCUGAUUCAGGAGGUCAUGAUGGUUCCAUGAUCACUGAAAAGGACUCCAGCAUUACUUUUGCUGCAAAUUUGCCCACCACUUCUUUGCAACCUGUGAUUUCUCCGUCAACUUCAACAAUUGAUAAAGCUUUUUCUAGGGAAUCAAAUAUCACUUCUCCAAUGUUUAGCUCUGGGGAGAAAACUGGCCUAUCAAAGGAACAAAAUGCUACUAUUCCUACAUUUUCCCGUGGCUCUGCAAGUGUCAACAAAGUUCAAUCUAUCACUGAAACUCCAAGCUUUAAGUUUGAUGCCUGCUCAGAUUCAAAACAAGGAAACUCAAACAGCUUUGAAUCUGUUGCUACCGCUGCCAAUCAUGUGGCAAAAUCUGCUGCAUUGGAAAAGGCUGAUGACAAGAAUACUUUGAAGUCUGAAUUCUUCUUUAAUGCACCUGAAACUGCAAGUUCUGCUGCUGUAUCAACAUCAGUAUCAGCUGGAAACAUAUUCAAGUUUGGUCUUGCAGCAAAUAGUUCUAAUGGAUCUCUUGCUUCAAGCCCUUCUCCAUUCUCUUCCCAAACUCAACCUUUAGUUUCCAAUAAUCCUGCCAGUCAAUGUUCAUCCAGCAGCUCUGUGAAUGCCAUUUCCACAUUCAAUUCUGCUGCUGCCGUCACCACUCCAGCAAGUGGAAUAACUGCUUCCACCAGCACAAACAGUGCCUUCCCUCUGGCUUCAGCGCCUUCCUCUACAAGUGCAACCAACUUCAAAUUUGCUUCCCCAGUGAAUCCAUCAUCACUGCAAACUGCAAGUUCCAGUGGAACAACUGAAGCCCAGAACAAGGUUCCAAACUUGGCAAGUGCUCCCGUUGCUGGUACCUCAGCAUUUACGAACUCUAGUAAUAGCAUAUUUGGUUUUACAUCUUCUGCAGUCAUGAGCGCUGCAAGUAGCACUUCUGGUGGCACAUCUUCUGCAGUUCCAAGCACUGGAAUUAGCAGUUUCAGUGGUCUGUCUUCUACAACCACAAAAGCAGGCAGUGGCAUUUUUGGCAUAUCUCCCCCCAUUCCAAGCACGGGUAACAUUUUUGGUGUUACAUCUUCAGCAACCACUACCACUGGUAGUAUUUUUUCCAGUUCAUCUGCAAGCACAAGCAUGGGAGGAAGCAUUUUUGGAUUCAGUGCUUCAUCUACAGCCCCCUCCCUUGCCCAGUCCCAGGGUGCCAGUGCUUUUAAUGUUGGUGAUAGCCAGCCAUCUGCAGCUGGAAGUGCUGUUGCAACCUCAACUCAGAGCAUGCCUAUUCAGUUUGGUUCAUCUCCAUCAUUUGGAGCGGCAGGGAACACAGCAUUAUCUUCUGGGAUUUCGCUAUUUGGUUCUUCAGCUUCUGUGGUACAAUCUUUUGGUUCUGGGGCUACAUUUGGAGUCAGUUCUUCCUCUUCAGUUAGCAAUGCUGUUAGCACCAGUGGUGCCACUACUAGCUUGUUUGGUUCCGGUUGGCAAGCUGCUAAGGCUCCUAUCUUCAGUUCGACUUUUAAUUCUACAUCAUCUCCAUCGGGGUUUUCCUUUGGUGCAUCAUCAACUUCUAUUGCUGGGAGUACAAGUGUGCCUAUGGUUUUUGGAUCAUCCAACAGUGCCUCAUCAAGUUCCAUUUUUCCAUUCACUGUGGUAGCGGCUGCUACUCCGUCACCACCUGCAUUUGGUAGCAGUACUCCUGGAUUUGCAUUUGGUUCAGCUCCGACCAGUAAUAAUGACCAGAUGGAAGACAGCAUGGCAGAGGACACGGUUCAGGCAACCACAGCUCCGUUAUCAGUAUUUGGUCAACAGCCAGUAACCCCACCGUCAUCUGGGUUCAUUUUUGGGGCAACACCUCCUUCAGUAUCAAAUACUUUCCAAUUUGGAGGCCAACAGAAUAUAUCCGCCCAACCGAACCCAUCUCAGUUCCAGACUACAUUCCAGGCCUCCACUAGUCUGGAAUUUAAUGCUGGCGGGAGCUUCUCUUUGGGCAGUGGUGGUGACAAGUCUACCAGAAAAUUUGUGAGAGUAAAGGGCAAACCACGGAAGAAGUAAAAGCUUUGUUUAUGCAGGAGACAGCCCAUAAAUAAUUGUUGCUACAUAUCCACAACAUGGUUUGUGCUGUCAGCAAUUGUGGUGCCGGCAAGGAGAUAAAGAAAGCUCUGAAAUUGUGCAGAGCCGUUCUGUCAAUGGGGCCACCGGCAUUAAUGGUUAACCAAUUUUGUACUGGGUUAGCAAAUAUCAAACACUUGCACUGUAGUAGUAAUAUCAUUCGGUAG